AUGGCAAGUCAGUGCACAGAAGGCUAUGAAUAUGAUCCCAUUAAAGAGGUAUGCAAAGAUAUUGAUGAGUGUGCCAUUGUCUCUGAUGCCUGCAAAGGAGGCAUGAAGUGCAUAAACCACUAUGGCGGCUACCUCUGCCUCCCUCAGAAUGCCCAGAUUUUUGUCACUAAUGGAGAUGAAUCAUCCCAGCGCACAGACCCUAUUCCCCAAACCCCCCUUAACCCGCUGAACCCCACUAACCCACAGACCCCUCAAACUCGCACCCAGUCAAACCAUAGAGGUGUAGCAGCUGGAGCCACACAGUGCUUGCUGGGCUUUACACUGGAUGAGCAAAACUACUGCCAAGAUGUAGAUGAAUGCUCUCAAGGCCUACACACCUGCAAUGCAGACCAGAUCUGCUAUAACACCAGAGGCUCCUACACCUGUCAGUGUCAUCCUGGAUACCAGAAACAUGGAGAACAAUGUGUGGAUAGAAAUGAGUGUAUGCUAUCACACUACUGCAUGCACAGAUGUGUGAACACUGCUGGCUCUUAUUACUGUGAGUGUAAAGAUGGCUACCAGCUCGCCAGCAACAACCACAGCUGUGUAGAUGUGAAUGAGUGUGAUCUGACUCAGCCGUGCCAACAUCAGUGUUUCAACCUCCUGGGCUCAUAUGUCUGUCAGUGUGAUCAGGGUUAUGAACUCGCGCCGGAUUCAGUCUCAUGUGUGGACAUCGAUGAGUGCGCAUUCUCCAGCUACAUGUGCCAGUAUGUGUGUUUUAACAGCCCGGGUGGAUAUUCCUGCAUCUGCCCAGAGGGAUAUCAGCUGCAGAGAACAAGAAUGUGUCAAGACAUCAAUGAGUGUGACACAGGCCACGAGUGUAGGGAAGAUGAGAUGUGCUGGAACUAUUAUGGAGGUCAUCGCUGUUACCCUCAGAACCCGUGUCUGGAGCCUUACGUGCUGACGUCGGAAAACCGGUGUUCGUGCCAGUCUGCGGGUGCGUGUCGAGGCCUGUCGCAGUCUAUUGUUUACAAAUACAUGAACAUUCAUUCAGAGCGCACCGUACCAGCAGAUAUCUUCCAGAUUCAAGCCACAAACAUCUUCCCCAGUGCACACUACACCUUCAGGAUUAAAGCUGGCAACGAUGGUGGAGAGUUCUUCCUUAGGCGGUUCAGCAGCGUUGGUGCGAUGCUGGUCUUGACCAAGUCCCUGGAGGGCCCUCAGGAGCUGAUCGUUGAUCUGGAGAUGAUCACUCAACACACAGUGAUGAACUAUCGCUCAAGCGCUUUACUACGGCUCACCAUCAUCGUGGGACCCUACUCCUUCUAACACGACUGCUGCUUCACACAUUUAUACACACCCAGACUGCUUGCAUUAAAGCUACACGCAGCGACGGUGAGAUGUUAUGAACUGCUGACUGUUCUAAUGUGUCUUUGAUUGCAGUCAUAAAAAAAAGAACCUGAAUCUUAUUCAUAUUAUGCCACUAAAAUGGUUGCCAAUGUGACAAAAAAUAACAUUUUAUAUUGAUAAUUUAAAAUCUAAAAACUUUAUUGGUUUUGUCGUAUUUCAUCAUCGUCUGAGGCUGAGUCGCAGAGGAGAUGGUGUAGAGAGGAUAUUGAGUGUGAUCAACCACUGAAAAGUAUUCAUCAACAGAAUAGAAUGGAUGCUUUUGAAUGAAUUUCUACUGUAUAUGAAGGAUGGGUGAUUGUUAGUCACACUCAAGUACAGCACGUUUACCAAAAGCAUCAUCUUAUCGUGAGUUUAUUCACAUUUGCAAGUACGAGUUCUGCUUGCUUUCAGAGUUUGUCAGUUAAAAAACUGGGGACACGAUAGGUUUGAGAACAAACAUCUCAACCGGUUAGACAGCCUCGGCAUCAUAAACGGAAUAACACGACUGGUGCCAUGCUUCAAUAUAAAUGACACGCUUUUCCAUUACUAAACUAUAACCAUUACUAAAAAUGACCAGUUAUGUUCUGUAACAGUUUCAUGUCAAAUAUAAAUUGGGAGUCUUUUUUAUUCAGAAAUUUGUCAACACAUUGACGAAAACUCAUCAAGCCACAUCACAGGAAAUUCACAUUUUUGGCACCUUUUUAAUUCCAUUGUAAUCUUUCUCUCUCUCUCUUUUUUGCAUCAAAAUUCUUUAGUUUGAUUGUAAUCAACAUUAUGCUACAAAUGCUUAAUUUUGCAAUUUCAAUCCUUGCCUGACUGACAGCCUUUUUUUUCUUUUUUUUUUUUAUCAGAGGCAUGUCUGUAAUAAUGGUGUGUUUGGUCUGUUCAGAGUGAAAUAACCUCAAAAGUGAAAAGAGAUUACAUUUAAUUGCAAGUUGUAGGGCAGCUCUUAAAUGGAGUGUAU